CUGCAGCUUCAGAACGGCAGAAAUAGCGACCAAUUGUGCGUUUCCACUAGGAUUGCCUACCAAUCGGUGGUGGCAGCGCUGACUCUGUUCCCCCAAUAGGGAGAGCGCAGAUGGGGAAGCUACUUCCUGGAGACCACAGGUGUGGUGGUGAGCUCCGCGCCCCUAGGCGGACCGGCUUCUGAAGCUGGCAGGAUGAAUGUGGGGGUGGCACACAGCGAAUUAAACCCCAACACUCGAGUGAUGAAUAGCCGGGGCAUCUGGCUGGCCUACAUCAUCUUGGUAGGACUGCUGCAUGUGGUUCUCCUCAGCAUCCCCUUCUUCAGCAUUCCUGUUGUCUGGACCCUGACCAACGUCAUCCAUAACUUGGCUAUGUAUGUCUUCUUACAUACAGUUAAGGGGACACCCUUUGAGACCCCUGACCAAGGAAAGGCUCGGCUGCUGACAUACUGGGAGCAGAUGGACUAUGGUCUCCAGUUCACCUCGUCCCGCAAGUUCCUCAGCAUCUCCCCUAUUGUACUCUACCUCCUGGCCAGCUUUUAUACCAAGUAUGACGCUGCUCACUUCCUCAUCAACACAGCAUCACUGCUCAGUGUACUGCUGCCUAAGUUGCCCCAAUUUCAUGGGGUUCGUGUCUUUGGCAUCAAUAAAUACUGAGGGAUGGGGCUGGGUGGGGACAGCUCCACCGGCAUGGGGAAGUCAUUGAAACAAAAGGCUAUAACAUCCUUCUCUUCUUUGCCGUACUGUCUUCCAUAUUUUGAAAGCCCGAGAACCAUACCACCUUUCCCAAACUCUCAGGAAGAGAAGACAUUGGAAAAUGGGGCUCCUGGGCCCGGUCCUGCUGGGCAAGUUGCUUUGACUCAGGAGAGGCCAAUGAUGUAAGGGCCAAAUCACUCACCUCCACACAGGAAGCCACGUUUGGGCGCUUGUUUGGUGAUCAUAUUUUUCCAUGUUUUCUGUCCCUACCACCUUCUGGCUUUGUUUCACUUGUAUUUUCCUUAUAAUAAAGACAAUUUUUUUUUCA